CUGGGCGGCGGGCCGCGCCCGGGCCCUCCCUCCUGCCGCAGUCAAUGAGGAGGCAGCGGCGGCGGCGGAGCGCAGCACUCGCCGGGGGCAGCGCGGCGGGGCGCGGGGGGCGCCGAGCCAUGGCGGGGCGCUGAGGGGAGCCCGGCAGCGAGGGGCGGCGGCGGCGCGCCCCGGCACCCGGCCCCGCCGCGGCAUGGGCAGCCGCGGGGUCGUGCGAUGAGCGCUCCCCCGGCGGCUCCCCCCCGCGCGAAUAUGGGCACAGCCGUGUCCAAAAGGAAGACGCUGAGGAACGAGGCCAUGUCGUCGGUGGCGGCUAAAGUGAGAGCGGCAAGGGCUUUUGGAGAAUAUCUUUCACAAAACCAUCCUGAAAGUAGAAACGGCUCAGAUCACCUGCUAGCAGACUCCUACAUUGGACAGGAGGACUCCCCUGAGAUGCAGCAGGCGGCACAGAACAAGCGCCGGCUCUCCGUCAUCUCAGACGGCAAAUUUGAGAGGAGCUUCUCCGAGGAGCAGACGGAAAAGAUGCCAAGCGAGGGACCGAAGCCACGAGUCUACACCAUCUCCGGCGAGAGGCCGAUGCUGUCGGAUCACGAGAACGAAAGUAUGGAACUGGUGGUGAUGAAGGGGGCUGCCCAAGAGGAAUGCCACCAUGGCCACCAAGUGCAGAGUGCUGGUGGCUCUCACGGCGUUAGCAGGCAUUGCAAGGGCUGGCCCGGCAGCCGGCAGGGCUCCAAGGAAUGCCCAAACUGCACCCGGCUGGCUGCCCCUUCCCAGCAUUCCUUUGACCUGGAGCAGCAUCAGUCCGGCGAGACUGGGUGGCACAGAAAAAGGCUGGAGAGGAUGUAUAGUGUCGAUCGAGUGUCUGAUGAUGUCCCCAUACGAACCUGGUUCCCAAAAGAGAACCUCUUCAGUUUUCAAACUGCUACUACAACUAUGCAAGCGGCAUUCAGGGGCUACGCAGAGAGGAAGAGACGGAAACGAGAGAAUGAUUCUGCAGCUGUUAUACAGAGGAAUUUUCGGAAGCACCUCCGCAUGGUCGGGAGCCGAAGGGUUAAAGCACAAACAUUUGCCGAACGGCGUGAGAGGAGCUUCAGCAGGUCCUGGAGUGACCCGACUCCCAUCAAAGCUGAUUCCUUCCAUGACUCUCGAGAAAGCCAUGACCUUCAGGAUUCCUGUGGCACUUUGGAUGGUGACUUUGACUUGAACUGGGAAGCAGAAAAGGAACUUGAAGCCAUGGCAUGUGACGGAGAAGACUUUAUUCCACCAAAAAUAAUGCUCAUUUCUUCCAAGGUGCCCAAAGCAGAGUACGUCCCAACAAUUAUCCGCAGGGACGAUCCCUCUAUCAUCCCCAUUCUCUACGACCAUGAACAUGCCACCUUUGAUGACAUCCUAGAGGAAAUAGAGAAGAAGCUUAACAUUUAUCGGAAAGGCUGCAAAAUCUGGAAGAUGCUGAUAUUUUGCCAGGGAGGUCCCGGUCACUUAUACUUGUUAAAGAACAAAGUUGCCACUUUUGCCAAAGUGGAGAAGGAGGAAGAUAUGAUCCUCUUCUGGAAGAGGUUGAGCCGGCUGAUGAGUAAAGUCAAUCCUGAACCAAAUAUCAUUCACAUCAUGGGCUGCUACGUUCUUGGAAACCCCAAUGGGGAGAAGCUAUUUCAGAAUCUGAAAAACUUAAUGAAUCCUUAUAGGGUUGCCUUUGAGUCUCCACUUGAACUAUCAGCUCAAGGUAAGCAAAUGAUUGAGACUUACUUUGACUUCCGCCUUUACCGCCUCUGGAAGACCCGCCAGCACUCUAAACUAUUGGAUUACGAUGACAUUUUAUGAGCUGGAGAAGACUUUGCAAGAGGAAGUUGAUCACCGGUGUCCAAGAAGUCAUGCUUACUGCAGAGAGACUUUUUUAUUGGCACAGGGAGCCCUUUGAAGCCCUAUAGGAGGCAGCAGUGCUAAAGGGAGGGAAGAAGGAGCCCUCGGAAGUGCGUCGGGAGGAAAAAUCUCCUGGGUCAAGAGAGACUGGAGGGAAAGGGUUUGAGACCUCACUCGCCUCAGGUCAGAGCCGUGGUGUCUCAGGAGGAGCUGUGUGAAGCGAGGACAGGAUGGAGUUCCUUGCAGAACUGAGCUGUUUUGGGUCAGAAUGGGCCAGAUUUGAUUCCAGGUCCUUUUAAAGACUUUUGAAGCUCAGGUUUUCUUACAAAAAAAAUAAAAUCAAAUCAAUUACCCGUGCACUACAAUGAAGAAGUGACCGGAGCACAGAGGAAGGAGGGGGUUGUACUGAUGGGACCUUCUGUGCCCGGGGAUCUCGGAGAGCAAGGACCGCUACACCUACUCCUGCAAACUUAGGGCAAGACGAUCCAGUUUCAUUGUGAAUAUAUACUGGAAUAUAGAAUUGAAAUCUAACUUCUUUUGUUUUGUUUUGUUUAAUAGAAAAUAAGUGCAAUUUUUAUAGCAAGAGGGGUAAAACCCCUCCCAAUAUUUAAUUAGUUAAAAAAUAACACACCAGUAACCAAUAGAUGAGGUAUUUUUGGUCUGCUCGAAAAUAUAUUCAAAAUGGUAAUAUAUCUUCUGUAGACAUAUUUAAUCACCAGCAAACAUGUUUUAAGGUAACUUAGCAGACCCUGCAUGUCUGCUGCAUUGAUUAAUCCGGUUUGGUUCGUUACUUUCAGAGUAGCUGUGUUGCACUAAUUGUAUGUGCUCUCACGAAUGUAUAUUUCUCCUCCAAUUAGACACAACUUUGUUACUUUCUAUUUUGCUGCUUGCAAAACUAUUCGUUUUGCUGAAAUACUUUAGGUUAGAACUAGGGUACCUGGCUGAGAGGCCUCCGUCAGGUUCACUAUGGUAUAAAAAUGAAUUAGAAAUUAAUAGCCAUGGUAAUUACUUGUUCAUGCCAGUGUUUUGCCGUGUGUUGAGAGACACGUUCUCUUGCCAGUCCGCUGCGUGGAGCCCCCAGAAAUCCUCCACGGAGACUGUUCACGGAGGCAUUUGGAAGAAAUGCUUCUGGAGGAAUACGGCACCGGUUUGUAGCAUGAGUUUGAAUCUUCCCUGUGUUCACUUGAUUGCCAGUUCCUUGUGCAUAAACCACCUCUUUUCCAACGCUCAAAAGACCUCUUUAUUGGUCUGAGCUGCUCACGUCCCUUCCUGCGUAGGACAGAGUAAACCCAGGGCUUUGUCAGAGCAGCCGUCCUUUGAGAACCCAGAUUUGUACUUCGUAUUUGAGGAUAUAUUUUGGAAUAUAUUUCCUUUUUGUUUGUUUAGGUUGGGGGGUUGCUUUUUGUUUUGGGAAGGUUUUUUUUCAUCUUCUACUCUCCUGUUCAGAGGAUAAAUGUUACUUACAGUCUGUGUAGGUCACUCUGGCAAUUCUGGGAGGUGAUACAAGCUCUUUUAUUUUUUAUAAGUAAAAUAUACUGGAGAAUAACCAGGAAGGAUCACCUUGGUUUCCUGAUUUCCUGGUAUCUAAAAUUAGUUGAUUGUGAAGUGAAGGAAAAUAUAUGUACAAAUCUUCUUUUAAAUACUUGCAAAAAGAACUAGUUGUUCUUAUCUGUGGAGUUCUCCUUCCCCUGUGACAUAUCUGUGGCUGUAAUUCUGGGGGGCAGGCUCUGGCGAGAGCUGCCGACCCCUGUACAUUGAUAGCAAUUUUAUAGCAAAGCUUGUGAAGAAAUAAUGUACAUAUAGUAAGGAGAGGAAUAGGUGGAGAGAGAUGGUUUAAAGUCAUUGAAAGCAACGUAUUGAGCCAAACGGGCGUGGGCUGUUGCCUCCCCCUCUGGUUGGCAGCUGGUGGGACGCGGCGCUGGCCUGACCUCGCCGUUUGGUGGCUGCGUCUCGUCCCUGGCCGGGCUCUUACCCUCUUGACUCGGUCACCUUUUCCAGACUUGCAGUGAAGGGGAUAAUAGGCUUCGGUCUGUAGCUUUUGGGAGAAAAUGCCAGAUAUAAAAAAAAGAAAGCAAAAUUGAUGCCCGUUCUCUAUUAUUUAGUAUGGUAGCCUCCGCCAGCUGCGCGCGAGAGAGGUGGGGGCUGUAGGUACGAUGAAAGCAAGAAGCCAUGUGUUAUUUGGAGAAGGAAACGGUGGGGGCAGGAUUAAAAUGCUGACAUAACGCUCUCUCCCUUUCUGACCCUUUUACCUCCUGUGGUUACGCUCCUAACUGGAGACAGACAAACUGUUCUUCCUUUCUCGUUUCUAAAGUUAAAAUCCCCAUUCAGUGAACUUGGUAGCAUGAAUGUAGCAUUGUGGAACUAUUGAAAAUUCUUACUUCACUCCGAAAGGGCCCGUUUAUGUAUCCACUUCAGUGAUUUCUCUGUAGAACUAUUGUGUAUCUAUUCUCAUUGACCACUUGUAGAAGUAGGGGAGCAAAGUAGAAAGGUAGAAUGUACAGUUGCGUGAGUUCUUUCGGAAGAUGUACGUUGGAAUGACCAUUGCGGACUCUUGUACUGGUGCCGUUUGACUGUAGUAUAGUAUGUGACAAACGCUGAAUGCAUUUCUCUCUUUUCCAAAGAUCUAUAUUCCUCAUAGUUUGUGAUGUUUAGGACACGAGCGUAUUCUUUCCUUUGUAGCGUUCAUUUGACUAAAGCGAUGAAAUACUCUAAAAGCUGUGACUGGAAAGACAAUAGUGUUUUGA